AUGUCUUACCCGCGACGUCUUCAACAUACCUCUCCAGUAUCGAGGUGGUCUUUACGGGACCCCUCUAAUGUCGUCUUCGCUUGCAUCUCCGUUCUCGUGCUGGUCACGAUAGUCAAUGUGAUGUUUACAUUACACAGUGUUUCUGUUCUCAAUGAGCUCCUCCCCCCAACUCCUCACGUUCACACGUAUGUCGGUGACGACCACCCCUCCCAGCUACCGCUGGAACUACCAUCUGUCGGUCUCGAACUCGAGAGCGGCGAAGGCCACUUUUCAUUAUACAAUGAUGAUGACUGGGGCACGCUUUUCCCCUCGGACGGGUUUGUCGGUCUAGGCCCGACCAACCGCACAUUCCUAGUCUCCCUCUACCAUCAAUUUCACUGCUUAGACAUCAUCCGCGUUGGCUAUGUCGUGAAUCGCACGCAUGCUGCAGAGCAUAUUCAGCACUGCUUGCGAUAUUUGCGGCAGGCGUUGCUGUGUCAUGCUGAUACCACGCUGGAAGUGGAUAUUCCGCAGAUAUCCCCGGAGGAUGGGAAGUUGUAUCACACUGCGAACGGGGUGGGUUCGGUUCACAGGUGUAGGGAUUGGACGGUACUGCGACAGUUCAUGCUAGAAAACCCAAGCACACCGUUCGAAUAA